GAGAACCUGAUGUGGGGUGAAUUGUAGAGAGUGACAGACAGACUGGGAUAAAGCAGAGAGUUAAAACAAUCUGCAGUUGAUAAAAAAAAAUUAGUUGUGUGGUUGUUAGUGCGGAAGAAAGCUGUAAACUGCAGGAAGAUAUCAAUGGAUUGGCAAGGUGGGCAGAAGGGUGGCAAACGGUAUUUAAAUUGGAGAAGUGUAGGAUUAUUCAUUGGAGGAGGACAAAGAUUAUGAGAGAAUAUGCAAAUGGUAUGAUAGUGAGAAGUGUAGAACAGGGGCACAGAUGGGGAUCUGGAACUCUCUCCUUGAAGGAUGGCACAGACAAUCCUCCGCAUUUAAGAAAAAACUUGGAUAUGCAUUUGAGCUGUUCAGGUAUGCCAGGUGGUAUGUUUGAUUGAAUGCCAUCAAGAUGGCUGAGACAUUGCCUAGUGUCCCACCUCCAUCUUCUCUUAUCAUCCAAUCUAAGACUCACAAAGAUACUGUUCUAACUAAAUUUGAAGAACAAAGAAAAAGAAAUUUUUUGUGUGACAUCACUUUAAUUGCUGAGGAUGUUCAUUUCAAAGCACACAAAGCACUGCUUGCUGCCAGCAGUGAGUAUUUCUCUCUGAUGUUUGCUGAUGAGAACCAGCAAGGCCAGGCUAUUUACAUGCUCAAUGGAAUGGCUGCAGACACAUUCAGUGCGGUGCUGGAAUUCAUAUACACUGGUCGUCUGAAUGUCGCUGAAAAGUCCAUUGAGCACAUUGUGACCACUGCCAAGGUUCUGAAAGUGAAUGAUUUGAUCAAAGCAUACUCAGACUAUCAGGACAACCAUUUACAUGUCAAGGUAUCAUUGGCUUCUAAUGGAAUUAAAGUAGUAGUUGUGGAACCCAAUGCUGAUGAUGAUCAACCCUCAAAGCCAAAACGCAAGAGGGGGAGGCCUCGGAAAUGUGAGCAGGCGCAAGCGGAAGGGAAUGAAGUUGACAGUGGGACUUCAACUGGCCCACAGGAACAUCAAAGCACAUUUGAAGAACCUGCAGAGGAAGUUAACUGUAAAAUGAGCAGUAAGGCUGUCAGUGAAGGGAGACAAGGCUGUAAGGCAUCAGAACCCGAAACCUGUUCUGAUACUGGCGGUGAUGCAGCUUCGCAGACAGAAGAAGGUUAUGAACAUAAGUUAGCAGUGGUGAGUCGCAGCCGCUAUAGCAACCGUAGGAUUCAAAGACCUAUUAAGUUAAUGGGGUACAAGCUUGGCAUGGUGGAUGAGGAGCAGGAGGAAGUGAGGAAGCGAGGGAGGAAGAGAAAGUAUCCGGAUGUGGAGGCUAGGUGUGAAGACUGUGACAAAGUGUUUAAAAAUCACCACUUCUUGGCCAUACAUCGAAGGACACACACAGGCGAACGUCCUUUUAAGUGUUUUGAAUGUGGUAAAGGAUUUUCACAGAAGCACACACUGCAAGUUCAUGAGCGAAUGCAUACUGGGGAGCGUCCUUAUAACUGCACAGUCUGUGGAAAGGCAUUGACCACCAAGCACUCCCUGUUGGAGCAUAUGAGUCUGCACACAGGAAAGAAAGCUUUUAAUUGUGACCAGUGUGGAAAGUUUUUUACUCAGAGGAGACAACUGAAGAGCCAUUACAGAGUGCAUACAGGUCAAUCUAUGCCUGAAUGUGUGCAUUGCCGUCGUAAAUUCAUGGAUGCUGCUCAGCUGAAGAAACAUCUGAGAACACACACAGGUGAGAAACCAUUUACGUGUGAGAUUUGUGGUAAAUGUUUUACUGCAAAGAAUACUCUGCAGACGCACAUAAGGAUCCACAGGGGAGAAAAACCCUUUACCUGCACAAUCUGUGGAAAAUCCUUUGCUGAUCCAAGUGCAAAGAGACGUCAUGAUGCCAUGCACACUGGAAACAAGCCCUUUGUAUGUCCAACUUGUAAUCAGCGAUUCACUCGUGCUGACAACCUUAGGUCCCAUAUGAAGAUUCACAGCAAGGAGAGGAAAACCCAUGGGAUUAUUAAUGUUCCAGGUGAUGGGGGUACAGAGGAGGUGAAAACCAUCUUGCAACUGCAGCAGUACCAGCUUCCUGCUGCAGGUGAACAACAGAUACAGCUAGUGGUGACAAAUGAUGUUCAUAACAUUAAUUUCAUACCUAACCACGGACAAAGCAUCAGCAUUAUUUCAGCAGAGGGAUCACAGAGUCUCCCUGAGGACCAGGCUUCAAACUUGGCUCUGUUGACUCAGCAAGGAGAGCACAUGCAGAAUUUGACUCUGGUAGCUCAGCCUGGCCAAACAGACCACAUCCAGGCCAUAGGCAUGGUGGAAAACCAGCAAUGUCCAGGACAGCCGGAGCAGAUGCAUGUGAUAACGUUGACAAAAGAGGCAAUGGAGCACCUCCAGGAUCAAGCUCAGCAACUGCAAAUGGCACAAGGGAGACCACAGCCUAUUAGUCUUGGACAGGGGUCCACUCAGCCAGUUCAUUUGAACCAAGAAGCAGCUCAACAUCUCCAACGGAAUCGAUCUGUACAUGUUCCUGAACCAUCAACUCAAACAAUCUCUGUGAACCGAGCUUCACAGCAAAUGCAAGAAGAGCAAAUUGCAGAUCAAACAUUCCAAUUGCAAGCAGACAGCGUUUCUUACCUCUAUACCACUAAUUUAGUCACGCAGAGCUAGGCAAAUCAAUAAAUGUAAUUGAAACUUUUUACUGGAAAUGAAAUACCUUUUAAUGAUUAUGUAACAAAGAAGUUAUCCCAUAAUCUGAGAUUCUUACAAUCUUCAGAGGUUAUAUUUAAAUUUAAAUUUCAAUUUGUUUAUUUUAAGAAUACAUUUAAAGGUUGAUUUAUUCCAGAUUAUUUUCUUUUUGCUUUUACUUCUUUGAUGCUUUCCAUUCUCUGCAGAGGUUUUGUUGAGUCUUACAAAAUAUUAUGCUAGAUUUUCUUUCCCCUCUACCUCCUCUCCUCAAAAGGAAAUGGGAGGGAGGAGUGAAAUGAUUUGCAUAUACUUGAGCUACAGGUUGAAGAUUAUUGGUUAGUACCCACAUUUAACGUUUUUAAGUUAGUGUUUUUGUUGAAAAAUGCUCUUUCACUUUUUGUCUUCAAACACCCAAAUAAUUCAGAAGGCGUUCAGUUUAAAUCUGUCCGUGUUCUCUUGUGCCUUUUCUUAACCGAGCUUAAACUUGAAAGCUUUACAGCAAAAUUAACUCUUUGCUGUUCCUUUCCUAAUUGCUGCUGUGCUUUGUAGUAUUUUAAUUUGAAUUGACGAUGUCAGCAUGUUUUUGCUGUUUUUUUUAAAUAUUAGAAUUCUCAUCUAUGCUUAUAUUUGAAACUCAUAUUAUGUCUAAAUGUUUCAUAGAUCACAAUGCAAAGUAGUUGUUGUAUAAUAAUGUGCCUAACUUCUGCUUUAGAAGCUGAACAUUUAAAAAAAGACUCCUUUACAAGCUCAGGAAUAACAUUAAGUUAAAAAUCUUUUCCUUGCAACUUUAAGGUAUAUUUUAUGAUACAGUACCUCUCAAGUUGGAUCUUUCUUUUCCCUCCCUCUAUUUUUAAGCUUCAGAUGUAGUAAUGGAGGUACUUAAAAUUACACUGUCUUUAUUAUUUCUCUUUUUAAAAAGGUCAUAUUUUACAAAUAAAUUCACUUCUUGCUUUAAGCAUUGCAUACACUUUUGAUUUUUUGCUUAAGCAUAUGAUGGGCUUCAAUUUGUUAGUAUGUGGAAAAUUAACAGUUCUGAUUGCCACACCCCAAGAGUGUAAAAUAUAUAUUUUAUAUUAGCACAAAACUUGUAGAAUAUGUUAUGUUUGUAAGAAUUAUAUAGUGUUGUUAUUCGUACACAUUUGCAGUUCCCAGUAAGUGUCUUUGAAGGAGACAUAUUUUCUGUGACAGGUAGUAAUGGAACAAUGCAAGGGUGGUACAAUAGAUGAAAGCCCAGCCUCCUUUACAGACAUAGGCUCUGAAGGAAGUCACAUGUGAUUAAAUUUUACACUUUUAUUUUGAGCAUUACCACUGAAGGUAUGUCCCUGUUAGUCUGUUUGCCUGUAAACAAUAUAUCUCAAAAACUUGGUCCACCGAGUAUGGCCCAAGGAAGAACUGAAUAUUUUUUGGCGAAGAUCCAGAUUUGGAUCUUGGAAUCUUUUAAAGGAUCUGUUAACAUUAGGAGAUAGGGCGAAUUGACAUUUUUUUUUAGAAUUCUGUGGGUUAUUUUGUUUAGAAUGUUGUUGAUUGUUUCAGAAUGUUGUGGAUUAUCUCGGCUGUUGUAAUGCAAUUUGUCACAGCUGUCUGAACAUAAGCAGAGUUUUCAGAGCAGGUUGCUGAAUGUGGAUUGGAUUGAUAUGGAAUCUAUUAAUAAAAUAUUUCCUUUUUGCAGCUUUGUAGUUACAGGGAAUUAACCAGGCAGGGAAAAGCUUCAAAGGAGAGUUGUGUAAUUGUAAUAAUGUUGAAAAUGUUGAAUUAACACAGUGUGGCGGAGGUAUGCAUUGUACUGAGUGCCUUCUUAACUUUUAUUCAACUGUUUUAUCCGUGUAUUCCAACAAUCUGUUAGCUUUGUUGAUUGCUGUUCUUCAAUAGUGUAUGUACCCAUAUGCAGUACUUUAAAUUUUUCU